AUGAUUGAAACAUACAGCCAACCUGCUCCCCGACCUGUGCCCACUGGGGUGCCCGCCAGCAUGAAAAUUUUUAUGUACUUACUUACUAUUUUUCUUAUCACCCAGAUGAUUGGGUCGGUACUUUUUGCUGUGUAUCUUCAUAGAAGGUUGGAUAAGGUAGAAGAUGAAAGGAAUCUUCAUGAGGAUUUUGUAUUCAUGAAAACGAUACAAAGAUGCAACAAAGGAGAAGGAUCUUUAUCCUUGCUGAACUGUGAGGAAAUUAGAAGACAGUUUGAAGGCUUUGUUAAGGACAUAAUGCUAGACAAAGAGAAGAAGAAAGAGAACUUUGAAAUGCAAAAAGGUGAUCAGGAUUCUCAAACUGCAGCACAUGUCGUAAGUGAGGCCAGUAGUAUAACAACAUAUGUUCUACAGUGGGCUGAGAAAGGAUAUUAUACCAUGAGCAACAAGUUAGUAGCCCUCGAAAAUGGGAAACAGCUGACUGUUAAAAGACAAGGACUCUAUUAUGUCUACACCCAAGUAACCUUCUGCUCCCGUCGGGAACCUUCGAGUCAAGAUCCAUUUAUCACCAGCCUCUGUCUGAGGUCCAGGAGUGGAUCUGAAAGAAUCUUACUCAGGGCAGCAAAAGCCCACAGUUCCUCGGAAUCUUGCGAGCAACAGUCCAUUCACUUGGGAGGAGUAUUUGAAUUGCAGACAGGUGCCUCUGUGUUUGUCAACGUGACUGACCCAAGGCAAGUGAACCAUGGAAUCGGCUUCACGUCUUUUGGCUUGCUCAAACUCUGA